AUGAGGCGAGACAAAAAAGAUGAAGAAACUACUAAUAAUCCAUUUUCCAGUCUCGAUAAAACAUCGGUUUUGCAGGAGACUCGUGCUUUCAACGAAACUCCGAUUAAUGCACGAAAAUGCAGUCUUACAUUGAGUAAAUUACUGUAUUUACGACAGCAGAAUGAAACAAUCGGGCGUACGGAGGCAACAGAGGCCUUUUUUGCUAUAACAAAGUUAUGGCAGAGUAAGGAUUCAAAUUUGCGACGUCUAGUUUACCUUGCAAUCAAAGAGUUUUGUGACAUCUCUAAUGACGUCAUAAUUGUAACAAGCAGCCUUACAAAGGAUAUGACAGGUCGAGAAGAUAUUUAUCGUGCACCAGCUAUUCGAGCUUUAUGUUGCAUAAUCGACGGUAGCAUGUUACAAGCUAUUGAGCGUUAUAUGAAACAGGCGAUUGUCGACAAAAAUCCAGCUGUUGCAUCAGCAGCUCUUGUAUCAUCUCUUCAUUUGCUUCGAAAAAAUUUGGAAGUGGUUCGUCGUUGGUCAAACGAAGUUCAGGAAGCUGUUUCCUCAGAUAGCAAUAUGGUUCAGUAUCACGCUCUUGGCUUACUGUAUCAUAUUCGAAACAGUGAUCGUUUGUCAGUAAACAAAUUGGUUCAAAAAUGGAGCAAAUCAUCUCUGCGUUCACCUUUUGCUACUUGUUACCUUAUUCGGCUAGCCGCAAAAUUAAUCGAAGAAGAUGAAGCGGGAAUAGAAAGUCCACUACUUCAAUUCAUCGAAUCAUGUCUUCGGCACAAAUGUGAAAUGGUAAUCUAUGAAGCUGCUUCUGCGCUCGUUCGUUUGCCGAUGAUUACUUCAACGGAACUUACCCCUGCUAUUUCAGUGUUGCAGCUCUUCUGUUCAUCUCCAAAGCCGACUUUACGAUUUGCUGCUGUUCGAACAUUGAAUAAGGUAUCAGUGAAGCAUCCACAGGCAGUAACGUCAUGCAAUGUCGAUUUAGAACAACUGAUUACGGAUCAGAAUCGUUCUAUUGCUACAUUAGCAAUCACGACAUUGCUGAAAACUGGAGCUGAAUCCUCAGUCGAAAGACUCAUGAAACAAAUAAGCUCAUUUGUUAAUGAAAUAAGUGAUGAAUUUAAGGCAAGUGAUUGCUUUUAUGAUUUAUCCUUUGUAGUUGUGGUGGUUGAAGCAAUCCGUUCAUUGUGCUAUCGUUAUCCACGCAAACAUUCGACGCUGAUGUCUUUUUUAGCUACGAUGUUGCGCGAUGAUGGUGGUUUUGAGUAUAAGAAGAGCAUUGUUGACACGAUUAUAGCCAUAAUUGACGAAAAUCCAGAUUCUAAAGAAGCGGGUACUACAGUAGCUGUUUUUAUUUAUGAUUCAAAAAGAUUAUCGCAUUUGUGUGAAUUUAUCGAAGAUUGCGAACAUCCUAUUCUUGCUACUCGUAUAUUACAUUUGCUUGGUCGUGAGGCACCUACUACUAUAAAUCCAUCGCGUUACAUUCGUUUCAUCUAUAAUAGAGUCAUUUUGGAAACAACUCAAGUCCGAGCUGCAGCAGUGACUGCUUUGGCGAAAUUCGGAGCUCAGUGUACUGAUUUGCGCCAUUCUAUUCUUGUGUUAUUAAAACGUUGCUUACUAGAUACAGAUGAUGAGGUCCGCGAUCGGGCAACUUAUUUUUUAUCGAUUUUAGAAACAGGGAAUUCUCAGCUUAUAGCGAAUUAUAUUCUUAAUGGGCUGCAAGUUUCUAUUCUCGGACUUGAAAGAGCGUUGGAGCAAUACAUGACUGCUGGAAAGUUUGAUAAACUGUUUGAUUUGAAAGUGGUGCCUGUUGCUACAGUAGCAUUAACUGCAAAUGAAGUGAAGAAGUUAGCUAUUUCUGUGGAUGCUGUUAUAAAUAAAAAAGAAGAAAGAAAAGCACCACAUCAACAGUUGGCAGUUAUUCCGGAAUUUGCAAAUUUGGGUCCAUUGUUCAAAUCAUCACAUCCAAUGAAGUUGACUGAUGAAAUUACUGAAUAUAGUGUCUCUUGUAUUAAACAUAUGUUCUCACACCAUAUUGUGUUACAGUUCGAUUGUAACAAUACGCUGAAUGACCAGUUAUUGGAAAAUGUUUAUGUCGAAUUGGAACCAGCUCCGGGCACAGAAAAUUGGACAGUUGCGUACACUGUACCUCUGGAGAAAUUACCGUUUGGUGUGCAGUCAACUACGUAUGUAUUACUAAAAAUACCGGAAGCAAAUACUGGUAUUGCUGCAACAUUUAGCGCAACUCUGAAGUUCAAAGUUUGUGAUAUUGAUCCUGCAACGGGGGAUUUUGAGAAUGACGGAAGUUAUGAUGAUAUAUUUGUGCUAGAAGACGUGGAAAUAACAGUCGCAGAUCAUGUACAGCCGAUAGCAAGAGCUAAUUUUGCUGUUAGUUGGGAACAGAUUGGUAAUGAAUAUGAAAAUGAAGACACAUAUGUUUUGUCGACAGUGCACACACUGCAAGAUGCAGUCAGAGAGCUGAUCAAAUGUAUAGAUCUAGGACCGUGUGAACGAUCUGAUCGUGUACCGGAAGGUAAAAGUGCACACUUACUUCUUUUGUCUGGCAUAUUCCGUUCUGGAAAUGAAAUUUUAGCUAAAGCUAGACUUGCAUUGGAUCCAACGGAUAAAACUGUCACAUUGAAUUUUAUAGUCAGAUCUAAGGAUCUGGCGAUAAGUGAAAUAAUAGGAAGUGCAGUAGCCUAG